UCUUCGUACGGCGGCUGGUUCAAAAUUCAUAAUCAAACGACAUCAAAUACGCGAGGCAAUCGGGUGUGAGUGAAUAAAACUAAAAAUAAGUCAUAAUUAGUUUAUUACUUGUUUAGUGUAAACAGUGCUUCGACGACCAUAUUUUUAAAUUGAAAGGCGACAGCGAUGGGUGAGCUGGGUAACAAACUAGGUCUGGAUGAGCUGUCCGGGGGUGCAGCGGGAAUCAGCAAGGCUCUACUCGCUGAGUUCAUCGGUAAUCUAUUGCUGAACUUAUUCGGAUGCGGCGCUUGUAUUAACAUAGCGCAGGGGUCGGAAGGCGUCCCUGACAUCGUACUCAUAGCCCUUGCAUUCGGAUUAGCGGUCUUCGCCAUAGUUUCUGCGAUAGGUCAUGUGUCGGGGGGCCACGUGAACCCCGCGGUGACAGUGGGCAUGGCUGCCACGGGACGUGUUAAACCUGUACGAGCUGUACUAUAUAUAAUAGCUCAAUGUGCUGGCGCUGCCGCGGGAUCGGGGUUACUGAAGGCCUUCACCCCAGAAGCAGUGGCCGGCAAGUUGGGGGUCACCGCCUUAGGGAAGAACGUUACCCCCCUACAGGGAUUCGGCAUUGAAUUCUUCCUAGGUUUCGUCCUUGUCUUCGUUGUAUUUGGGGUAUGCGAUCCUAACAAAUCCGACAGUAAGUCGACGGCACCACUUGCCAUCGGUCUGACAGUAACCCUGGGUCACUUACUGGCCGUGGACUACACCGGCUCAGCUAUGAACCCAGCACGUUCCUUCGGAUCAGCGCUGGUGGCCAGCGACUGGGCCGAUCACUGGGUAUACUGGGCGGGUCCCAUAUGCGGAGGUAUCGCUGCCUCCUUGUUGUACUCGCAUGGACUUGCCGCUCCGCCCGAGGUCGCUCCCCCGCGAUACAGAUCCGUGGCCGGAGACGAGAAAGAGCUUAAACGCCUGGAUGGCAAGGCGGAAGACAUGGCCUGAAGACGAAAUCGCCCGCGCUCACCGCUGUCCGUCCCGAGCGAUGUACACACACGCGGGCACACUCACACGAACAGAACAUACUACCAGCGACAUCUAUGAUGUGACAUCGACAACUCAAACGUCCAAUAGAUUAUAGUCAGACUGGAAUAAUAUAUAACAAUAAGUAACCUUCUCGUACUGUCCAUACGAUAUGAGUAUUUGUAAAUGUUAUAAUCUUCUCUGCCUCGAUAGUGUGUGCGAUAUAUUUAAAAAGUUCAAUUAUUUAUAUGUAAACUAUAUUUUUUUUAAUCUAGGGCCUUUAUGAUUAAAAAUCAUUUUAUAUUAUAACGAUAAAAUCAAGUACUUUUAAAGGUUUAAAAAUAUAUAUAUAUAUAUAUAUUAUCCAAAAGCCAAAUCCAUAUCCGUACUGCCACUAAACUUAAAAAAUAUAAUAAUUACGUGAACAAAAAAAAAUAAAAUAAAAAUCUCGUUAAAGAUUAGGUCGUAUUAUAUUUUAAAGUUAUUAAUUAUAUAUAUUUUAUAUAACCAUUAAUAUAUUUUGUGGUACUUUAAAGCUGUGAGCUGUAUGAAUGAGUUUAGAUUUUGAUUUUUUUUUUAAAUCACAUAACUUUUUCACCACCGAUAUUCAAUGAUCUUUCAUGAAUGAUAUACUAAACUGCAAUACUCUAUGCACCUCGUGAAGUAUAUGAAAAUGUUGAAUGAACGUGUUUUGUGUCCUAGAUUGAGUUAAAUAAAUAAAUAUAUUUUAUUCACAAA